GUUACGUCCUCGUUACAGCUUCUGAAGCAUUUGCUGGAUCUGGUGGGUUAAUAAUAUUGCUCCCAUGGCUUCAACUGCUAUUCCGGAACAAAUUUCAUUGAGAGUUGUUGUGGACAAAGAGCAAAACAGAGUGCUCUAUGCUGAAGCAGGGAAGGAUUUUGUGGAUAUUCUUUUAAGCUUCUUGACACUGCCACUGGGAACUAUCGCAAGACUUGUUAGUAAGGAUUCAACCACGAAGCCUUGUCGAUUCGGAUGCAUAAGCUCACUCUAUGAAAGUGUGGGGAAUCUGGACCCCAUGUAUUUGAAUUCAGAGACAUGCAAACAAAUGCUGCUUCAGCCAUGGAACUCAAUGGAAUGUUAUAAUCGAAACCUCAAACUCAACAUUGAUGACACUGAGCCAACCAAGUAUUAUGCUUGUAAACGUUGUCUUUUUGGAGUAGAUGGUUCUCUGGUGAGCACUUCCAAGAAUAUGAAAUGCAAGUGUGGGGGGGAUUUUACGCUCCUUCUGAACCCUAGCAAAACGCUCUCAUGCAGUCCUCUGUUAAGUGGAUCCGAUAAAAACGCGAGCGGUGAUGCUGGAGACCUUGUCCAAAAUGCAGAUAAUACAUGGGAAGGCUAUGUAAAGGAGACUGCAUCUUUUAUUAUUUCUGACGAUCUAUCUGUAACUCCUGCUAAUCUCAAUACAACAUUGUGUCUGCUAAAGAAUCUUCGCUCUGAAUGUCCACCGGAGGAAUCCACUAUGGUUCUUAGUUCAAAUGAGAUUUUGGACCUACUCAAGUCCUUGUUGAUCUCCAAGACGGCACUUACAGAUUCAUUGUUAAGGAAGGAGCACAACCUUGUGCAUUCCGAAACCUCGUUCAAGAUGACUGAUGAGAGACAAGGCAGAGAGAGCAUUGGGACGACGAAGAUUAAGGUAUUGAUGUCAAAAUCGAAGUCCAAGAUAUUGUUUGCUGAAGUUGAGGAAGAUUUCGUAGACCAGCUUUUAAGUUUCUUGACAUUCCCAAUAGGAGCUGUGGAGAGAGUUUUAGAAGGAAACUCUGGGUUGGUGUGUGUCAAUAAUUUAUAUAAUAGUUUGAGCAACUUUGAUUCAACCAGGCAUUUGAAGUCGGAGAAGAUGAACAAUGUGUUCGCCAGCCUGAAGGUAGCCCCAUAUUUUAAAGCGAGUAACCAGAUGUUACCUAUCGAUGAAAUGAAGUAUCCGUCAAAGUUAAGUUGUUGUUGGAAGGGUGGUCCAUUUUAUUUGACUGCCGAUACAAAUUUGUAUAGUCAAUUUUUUGUGAGAGAAGUAAGAAUGUGCGAUCCUAAGUCUACAACAGCGGAGGAAAAAUCAGGCAAAGGAUAUGCCAAGGGUGGAACCACGUUCAUGGUUGCCGACGACUUGUCUGUGAAACCUUUAUCAUCUCGCGAUGUUUUAUCAUCUUUACUAACUGAAUUCAAGGUGCCUUACGAUGACUUGGAGCAAAGAACAAUCUGCAUUGGCGUACAAGAGGUUCUGAGCAUCCUCAAAGCUUCCAUGGUUUCAACAUCAGCUUUGACAAUUGGCCUGAAGGAAUUUUUAUCGAACAAUAUUAAAGAAGAAGAUGAAACAGAGACGGAAAGCAGAAACAUAACCGUUGGCUAA